GCCAUCCGGGAUAAAGAAAUAGAGGAAUUAAAACAAACGAUUAAAUCAAAGAACGCUAUUAUUGAUUCCGAUAACCAAAAAAUCACCAAUUUAACUAAAACUGUUAAAGAACUAACCGAGAAAGGGAUUAGCGAAAGUAAAGGGUUGGAAUUGAAUGAGGAAGAAAGAGAGUUUAUUGAAAUCACACAAGGUUUUGCUCUUGAUGACUUAGGCAUUGAGAGUUUACUUUCAAAAGUAAAUAAAUUCGGUAAAAAAGAUUAUUGA